UGACUGUUUCUCACAGGAGAACAGAGACUCUCAAAACAAUAACACUUUUACUACACUAAAGGGAAAUAUCUACAGCUGCCCCGAAAUACACUGUGAUGAUGCUGAAGAGCUUUUGAAUGUUAUGGAAGUGGAAGAGGCUUUGUAUCCAAAAAGUCUCAUAAUUGAAUUGCAAAGAAAUGUGAGAGAGAAAUUCUUUAAUCAUCUUGAGGAGAGGAAUCAGGAGGUUCUGAGUCACACAGUGGCCAUCGUGGAAGCUAUGAAAGAGAAGCUGAAGUCUGAACUAGAUCUUCGCAUCCAUCUGCAUCAGCCUCGAGCCAAGAGGAUUAAAAUGAACGUUUAUAAUGUCCGAGCAGCUGAACUGAUCUUGCAUGAAGAUCGUGUGGAUAGACACUGCAGAGGUGUUCUACAGGCUCUUGAUGAAUUGCGAACCGACUUCAACAACCUCCAGGUCACCCAGCGUGAAAUAUAUGAAAACAUUCGUGCAAAAAUCGACAGCAUGGAGGACACGUUAUACGCUGCUACCAAGUCUGACAUGCUGCUGAAACUCAGUGCUUCAAUACAAAUCAGCUUGGAUGAACACUUCAGUGACAUCCAGGAUUUACAGAGGCAGUUUAGAGAAAAUAUGGAGAUCAGACUUGGGGGCCUUAGAGAGGCCAAUGCACAAUUAAUGAAAAAUUUCAAGCUGUUUGCUGAAGGUGGAAAUUUUACCCCAAAAGAGAUAAAGCAAUACAGAAAGCAUCUAGAGAAGAUGGCUGAUUGCAUUGACUCAACUGAAAAGGCUCUAAUGCAGAAAAUGGCAGUCACAGAGACUAAAUGCCAGGAUGAGGCAAAAAAGGUCAUCAGUAAGUUUGAAGAGAAACUCCAGUUUCUGAAAGUGAAUGUAAUUUUUCAUGAGAAAAUCCAAAGGAUACUGAAAAACACAAAACUCCAGAUUAAAUCAGAGGCCAUGAAGAGCAACUCUCAGAAAAAAAUGAUCAACACUGUGAUGAGUGAACUGAAAGAAAGGCUUGAUGCCUACACCCAGUGCAGUGUGGAAAACAGGGUAACAUCGGGCGACAUUUGUAGUUUAGUAUCUUCCCUGAUAGAAGAAAUCAGAAAGAGAAGUCAGUAUCUGGACUGUUAUCUGGACCAUUCUAUGGCUGUUCCACUGCCUGGCAGUCCUCUGCAGGGGGCUUUUGCCACGGCUUCACGGUCCCGUAAGCAGGAGAAGGUGGGGAGCCCCUCUGCAGAUCCCCUUCUACAGCCCAGCCGCAUGGGAGCUGCCUUCAUGGAUGACAAGGCAGUAGAGGUGAUCAGAGGACUGCUAUGGAUAAGCAAACCUCAAACCUGCCAAGAGGUCAGUGAGGAGCUUAAAGAGACAAACUCAGCAGCAGUAGCAGCUCCUGUCCUUCCAAGCCCUCCACCAGGGUCGGGUCAAAGGUCAGGGAAGAAUAGGAACCUCUCUGGCUUACGGUCUCUGCGCAGGAAGUCAAUGAACUCAAUGAGUGUGAUCAAACCCAAUCGGUUCGAUACGAGAUUCCAAGUGUUUGGUCCUAAACCUGAUGAUCAAAAGGAAAUCAUCACUUUUAAGGGUUUCAUCAGUAACAUUCUGUGGGAAGCAAAUGACGUUCUCCUUCAAGUGGCUGAGGAUUUCUACCAGAAAACGGAGCACCGCUUAGUCAGCCGUCCUCAGUAUAUUCAGGAAUCAUUUGAGCUGUGUGCUGAGGACCUGAACAAGAUACUCCUUGACUUCCAGAGCCAAUGUCAUAAGUACCACCAUCGCUGUGUACAAGAGUUCUGUAAGCAGCUGAAAGCCAUUGAGGAGAUUGUCUGUAAGAUACCUGAAGCACUUCUAACAAAACUGAGAGAUCAGCAUUUGGAUGACCUGAGCCAGAGUUUGUCACUCAUCCACCAGCAGUUUAAUCAGACUCAACAACAAAGUGAACAAAAGAGGAGAAAACACAUCGGUCAACUGUCUGUACGUUUGAGCCACCCGGCUUGUGAAAAAGAACUGAACAGGCUGGUCACAGCUGAGGAUAACAGGCAAGAGGAACAGAGGAAGGCUAUUGAGAACAACAGACUGGAACUACAGGCCUGCAUUAAGAAGAAUGCAGAUGAGUUUGUGACUUCACUUGCCACACUGACAGAGAGCUUGCUCUUCCAAUUGGCCAACGUCCUGACUGUCGACGAUAUCCAAGGUGGAUCAGUAGAACCAGAGAGGAUAAGCAUCACAAAACUUGUUCGUCGAACACGAGCGGGUACUCUACAGAAGGAGCAUGAGAUGAUAAGUUUACUUGGGAGAGGCAGCAGAGCAUGGCCAGGCAUCAGUUACUUUGGACCUACUGAUGGUUCAUCUGGCAAACAACAGAGACAAGAGACAGCCACUAUCGCUACAGCUAAAACAACAAUGGCACAGCUUAAGGUUAUGGAGGUUCGAAAUGCACUGCAUCAGGAGAGAAUGUCGACUGAAGAGGAGCUGUCAUCUAGAUGCAAUUUUUUACUACAGAAGGCUCAACUGUCCCUGUCUCUUCAUGAGGGGAAGAGGAGGAGGCGUGCUGCACAUGCAGGUUGUCUGAGUGAAGAUAACCCCAUUAGUAGGAACACAGGUACUGGAUACCAUCAGCAUCCUCUAAGGAGUCAAACUGGGGCUGAGCAGUGCUCUGAGGACAUCAUGAGAAACCAGCUGUUUUCAGGAACAAAGCCUGUAUUAAGUAUAGACCAGGAUGAUCAUGAAGAGAUCAGAGGACUGCCUGACAAUGUCGUUUGUGCAAAGACCGGAUCAGACAUCAUUGAGCGACUCAUGACAAAAAAACUAAGAGAAAACACAGAAGCUCUCACUCAGCUUCAGAGGGAUCUUGCUGAGCUCAGUGCGGGCUACGAGUCAUUGUUGAGAGACACUGGAGAAGAUUUCCUUCUCAAACUGUCAGAAUGUGAUGAGGAAGUGGAGAGACUGAUGCAGAAAACAGAACAUGAUGGUGAUUUAAUAGCCUUCAGCUAUCAGGAUCUACAUGAGAUUUGGACCUCUGUGAGCCAUGAAUCUGCUAUGAGGAGAAACUGUAUCCAGGAGUUGGAUGAGCUGAUCGUCAAAUAUGAGACUGAACGAGCAGGAGUGAUUUCUGCACUCCUAAGGAAAUACACAAUGAAGCUUGAAAAAAUCUGUUAUUUAAUGCCCAGUGAUGUCCACCGACUAAUUAAUAAUGAAGCUAUGAUGAUAAAUCAGGCAUUACUGGCUAAUAAAAGAGCCGUAGCCAAAUUACAUUUGAACCUGAUGGAGAAGGAUUUGCAGAAAGAGGUUCAGUGCAGGCUGAGAUGGGAGACAAAGCUUCAGGACUGGAAAAAAAUCAAGGUUGUUGCUGCAAUCAGCCAGUUUAAAGACUUCCUGAACAGCCCUGAGAUUCAAAACCCAAAAAAUGUACAAGAUGCUUUAAACACCAUGCGGACACAACAAAAAGCAUACAGCGAACAGCGCCUCAAAAUCCUCGAGCAAGUCAGAAAUAUGACCCCUCCAAACUGCUCAGUGUCAUUGGCUGCUGAAUGGUACUCCUCUUUAUCUUCAGUUAAUGAGCAGAUUGAUGGCACACACUCUGAGACUAUGACAAAGCUGCGUGAAUAUUUUGAAAAUACCUGGCAAGACUGUUACCUGGAAGUUGAACACUUUAAGAGUGAAGUGUCUACUUAUGGAGCCGCCUCAGAUGAGAUACAGCAAUUUGUUAAUAGUGAGAUGGUGCCUCUUAUUGGCAAGUUCCAGACUCAAGCAGAGGAGCGUUUAGCAGCAAUGAAAAAAGCAUUUGAGGGUUUGGCCGAAACUGCUGCAUUCUUGAGUAAGUCUAUGUUCGAGUUUGUGCACGGGGCAGCUAAAGUCUGGGAGCUGCAUAGUGCACGUCUGCAGAGGACAGAGCAGCAGCUGCAGGACUCUCUCAAAGAAGUCAGCAAGGAUUAUGAAGAAAAGAACCAAAAAAAAGAAGCUCAGCUGGAUGCGAUGAUGGACAAACUCAGGCAGGAAAGCACAGAGGAGGCCCUCAAGGCUACAAUGGAGCAGAUCCUUAACAUUUUAGAGCAAAUUAAGGAAGGGUUUGUCAAUUUCUAUAAGGAAGGAGUUGUUAGAGUGGAGAGUUAUCCUGAAAUGGUCCUUAAAGAAAUACACACAUACAGCAUAGCAGUCAGUCAGUACUUCAAGGUCAAUGAAAUAUACAGUCAGGACCCAGAGGAGCUUCAGAUACUCUAUCCUGCACUUAUCCUUAGUGCAAGUCAGAUAUCUUGUAGAAAUAACUCGUCACCUACAGAGAAUAUUGAUUGUUUCUCACAGGAGAACAGAGACUCUCAAAACAAUAACACUUUUACUACACUAAAGGGAAAUAUCUACAGCUGCCCCGAAAUACACUGUGAUGAUGCUGAAGAGCUUUUGAAUGUUAUGGAAGUGGAAGAGGCUUUGUAUCCAAAAAGUCUCAUAAUUGAAUUGCAAAGAAAUGUGAGAGAGAAAUUCUUUAAUCAUCUUGAGGAGAGGAAUCAGGAGGUUCUGAGUCACACAGUGGCCAUCCUGGAAGCUAAGAAAGAGAAGCUGAAGUCUGAACUAGAUCUUCGCAUCCAUCUGCAUCAGCCUCGAGCCAAGAGGAUUAAAAUGAACGUUUAUAAUGUUCGAGCAGCUGAAUUGAUCUUGCAUGAAGAUCGUGUGGAUAGACACUGCAGAGGUGUUCUACAGGCUCUUGAUGAAUUGCGAACCGACUUCAACAACCUCCAGGUCACCCAGCGUGAAAUAUAUGAAAACUUUCGUGCAAAAAUCAACAGCAUGGAGGACACGUUAUACGCUGCUACCAAGUCUGACAUGCUGCUGAAACUCAGUGCUUCAAUACAAUUCAGCUUGGAUGAACACUUCAGUGACAUCCAGGAUUUACAGAGGCAGUUUAGACAAAAUAUGGAGAUCAGACUUGGGGGCCUUAGAGAGGCCAAUGCACAAUUAAUGAAAAAUUUCAAUCUGUUUGCUGAAGGUGGUAGUUUUACCCCAAAAGAGAUUGAACAAUACAGAAAGCAUCUAGAGAAGAUGGCUAAGCGGAUUGACUCAGCAGAUGAGGCUCUAAUGCUAGACAUGGAGGGCACAGAGUCCAAGUGCCUGGAAAAGGCAAAAGAGGUAAUCAGUAAGUUUGAAGAGAAACUCCAGUUUCUGAAAGUGGAUCUAAUUUUUCUUGAGAAAAUCCAAGGACUACUCACAAACACCCAAGUCCAGAUUAAAUCAGAGGCCAUGAAGAGCAACUCUCAGAAAAAAAUGAUCAACACUGUGAUGAGUGAACUGAAAGAAAGGCUUGAUGCCUACACCCAGUGCAGUGUGGAAAACAGGGUAACAUCGGGCGACAUUUGUAGUUUAACAUCUUCCCUGAUAGAAGAAAUCAGAAAGAGAAGUCAGUAUCUGGACUGUUAUCUGGACCAUUCUAUGGCUGCUCUACCUCCUGAUGCUCUUCUGCAGGGGGCUUUUGCCGUGGCUGCUCGUCCACGGUCCCGUAAGCAGGAGAAGGUGGGGAGCCCCUCUGCAGAUCCCCUUCUACAGCCCAGCCGCAUGGGAGCUGCCUUCAUGGAUGACAAGGCAGUAGAGGUGAUCAGAGGACUGCUAUGGAUAAGCAAACCUCAAACUUGGCAAGAGGUCAGUGAGGAGCUUAAAGAGACAAACUCUUCAGCAGUAGCAGUUCGUCCAAGCCCUCCACCAGGGUCAGGUCAAAGGUCAGGGAAGAAUAGGAACCUGCCUGGCUUAGGGUCUCCGCACAGGAAAUCAGCUGAGUCAAUUAACUCACAGAGUGUGAGGAGGCUGACCAAACCCACUCGGUUCGAUAAGAGAUUCCAAGUGUUUGGCCCUAAACCUGAUAAUCAAAAGGAAAUCAUCACUUUUAAGGGUUUCAUUACUAACAUUCUGUGGGAAGCAAAUGACCUUCUCCUUCAAGUGGCUGAGGAUUACUACAAGAAAAAGGAGCGCCGCUCGGUCAGCCGUCCUCAGUAUAUACAGGAAUCAUUUGAACUGUGUGCUGAGGACUUGAACAAGAGACUCCUUGUCUACCAGAGACAGACUCACGAGUACCACCGUGGCUGUGUACAAGAGUUCUGUAAGCAGCUGAAGGCCAUUGAGGAGAUUGUCUGUAAGAUACCUGAAGCACUUCUAACAAAACUGAGAGAUCAGCAUUUGGAGGACCUGAGCCAGAGUUUGUCACUCAUCCACCAGCAGUUUAAUCAGACUCAACAACAAAGUGAACAAAAGAGGAGAAACCACAUCGGUCAACUGUCUGUACGUUUGAGCCACCCGGCUUGUGAAAAAGAACUGAACAGGCUGGUCACAGCUGAGGAUAACAGGCAAGAGGAACAGAGGAAGGCUAUUGAGAACAACAGACUGGAACUACAGGCCUGCAUUAAGAAGAAUGCAGAUGAGUUUGUGACUUCGCUUGCCACACUGACAGAGAGCUUGCUCUUCCAAUUGGCCAACGUCCUGACUGUCGACGAUAUCCAAGGUGGAUCAGUAGAACCAGAGAGGAUAAACAUCACAAAACUUGUUCAUCAAACACGAGCGGGUACUCUACAGAAGGAGCAUGAGAAGAUAAGUUUACUUGGGAGAGGCAGCAGAGCAUGGCCAGGCAUCAGUUAUUUUGGACCCACUGAUGGUUCAUCUGGCAAACAACAGAGACAAGAGACAGCCACUAUCGCUACAGCUAAAACAACAAUGGCACAGCUUAAGGUUAUGGAGGUUCGAAAUGCACUGCAUCAGAGUUAUGAGCAGAGGAUCAUGGAGGAGUUUGAGAUUGUGGAGAAAUUUAGGCAGGAAGAAGAGGCAGGGUUGUUCCACUGGCAAGAGCACUGGAGAGGACAACUAAAGAUACUCGCUACAAUCAAAGCAGAAUGACUGUGAGGGACUAGCGGACAUUCUGUGUCAGGAACGAUGCAGCAACUAUAAAAAUUCCUGUCCUGUCCUCUAGAAACAAGCAUUUUUUAUAACUAUAGAAUAAGAUAAUACAGUUGCACAGGUCCCUGGUUCGAUCAUGGGCUCAGUUUAAUGUCCUUUCAAAGUUUUGCGUGUUCUCCUCAUAUGGGUUUCAUUUGGAAAUCCAUUCCUUCAGAUAUAUUGGUGUUCCAGUCAGGGUAUAGUCCCACCUCAAGCCCAGACUUUCCAGGAUAAACUCCAGAUCCACUGUGAUCAUGACUGUGAAAAAGUGAGUAAAAAAGAUUGAUAAAUAUAUAAACACUGUUUAAAUUAAAUGUACUUUACCAAUAAAAACUUGCUUUAAUUGUUUAUAAUUUUUUGCAUGUGCUGACAAAAUAUAAAUAUACAAUUUAC